AUGAUGAUGCUCAAAGUGUUUGAUGGGGCUGACAUGAGGGAACAGAUCAUGAACCAGCUCACGGACAACCCGCUCCUCGCCAAGGACCUGCACACAGCAUGCAAGCUCAGGUUCCAGCGAGAGUUGGGGGUGCCUCUCGCUGAAGUGAACCACGUACUCCAGAGCACUGGCCGGGGGAGAGGCGGAGGCGUACCGACAACGCCGCUGCCCUCUGCUGUGCACGCGCCGUGUGACAAAGGUGGGGAGACAGCUCCGCCAACUCAGGAGCGCUCGGAGCCAGUCGCCACCGGCGGGGGACAGUCGCCAGAGCCCGACUGGACUGACCCAGCGCUAGACGUGCCGCCAGUGACGCCAGAGCCUGACUGGAGUGACCCAGCGGGGGACCAAGCACCGUCUACGCCAGACUUGACGCUGCCUAGAGUGGACAACUCCGUGAGUCCAGCGGGGGACCUGCAUGGAUCCCUUGAAGACGAAGCUGCAGAAGAAGUGGGGGAGACGGUAUGGCCAGCGCGGGUGGCCAUUGAAGUUUCCAUGACGGACCUCAAGAGGAUAUGUGGUGUCAGCGCAAGGGAACAAACGAAGAACGCUGGCGACAAAGCCAGUACGGCACCUGGGACCGGGGGAGCCGAUGAGCAAGAGAACGCCGAGGAAGCUGCAGCAGAACAACUUUACUCCAGAGUUCUCCAAGACAUCAGCGACGAGGCCGGGGUGACUACCGUGGUGGUGGAAGAGAACGUGCCGGACAACGCCGACAGCAACACGUCCAAGGCGGGGGAGAACUACGCGAAGAAGCUCCAAGAAGGCAAGAAGAACUGGCAGUUCGUUGUGCAGGGAAAGAGCCACUCACACCAAGCGCGCAGCCUGCGCGUAACCAAGCCGAAAGCUUCGGAACUUCGGGGAGAUCUGCCUCCAGCUCUGCCCGGGGGACUGGCCGUGGAAGCAGAUGUAGUACAGCAAAAAGAGAAGGAGGGGACGGACAGACGUGUACACCCAGCUGGUGCUGCUCCUGACAAGCCGCCUCUGAAGCGCAAGAAGUACGGUGGCGACCGCUCCUACGACGACAUGUCUCGUAACGAACCAACUGAACAGAGCGAGCGAGGACGAGGGCGAGAGCGUAGCCGUGGGAACGAUAAGAUCGAGCGAGCCAAUCGAGGUACCGAUCGAACACAGCUGCCUAGAGUCGGCCCUGUCAUCUCAAGCCACCAUAAUGUCCUCGAGAACCAACCUCGUCAGGAGUCUAAUCGACCCCCCAGCUCUGAUCCCGGGUCCCGACGUUCUCCUGACCUUAAGAAAAUCAAAAUCGAGGCCAAAGAACAGGCAGACACUCAACCUGACUCGGAAAUGCCUGAAAUCGCUGCCGCAGUAAGUCCUGCUCCUACCUCAGCACACCCCUUCCUCAGGCUCGAUCAUAGUGCAGCGUUCGGGCCCCACGAGGUCUAUGACCUUACUUCAGGAGACAAUCAACCCGACGACGACGAGCUCAACACCAGCAAGCUGCCGGAGCAACCACCAGGACAGGCAACAGGCCCAGGCAAUGGUUCCGCGGAAGCAGGGAGACCCUUUGCCACUUUGACCGAUAGUACCCCAGCACCUCCCCCUUGGCUUCAGGAUAUCACCGCGAGUCUUAAAGGGUUGCACAUGAAGAGUGAUCAAACACACCGUUACUGCCUGGAUUUAGGUAGUGUUGUAGGUCAACAUGACGUCAGAAUCCAAACACUCGAGACAGCUACCAAGGAACACACCGGCCGCCAUGACACUACCGACACCCGCCUUACCGCUCUUGAGAAAGCCAUAAGUGACCUCGAACGCCGCGCAAGGUCCCUAACUCCCCCCCGGGGAGCUCCAGACACGCCACGAGGAUCACGAGCAGGGAACAUCAGCCCGCGCAGUCCCAGAGGAGGACCUCCUUCAGACAUCAUGCGGGACCCUGCCCAGGACCUAGGCCUUGUAAUUGGAGGCUGGACCGACGCCAGGGUUGCAGAAGCUGAGAGAGAGGUUCAAAACAUGUUUACAGAAGCAGGCUUCGAAGGGGCCAUCCUGGACUUCUCGGGUCCUUCAGGUCGUACGAACUUUUUGCGAGUUGCUUUGGACUAUCAAGGCUUGGGGAUCACUGAACUGGGCAAAAAACGGGAAUACCAAACCCGGAUCCUCAACAAGCUCAAGUCCCUGAAAGCCAAAAGCGGUAUCGUGGGACAGGAAGACAGCAACUUAUGGAUACAACGAGACCGCUCCAUCGAAGAGAGGCUCAGAAUCCGCGCCAUCGUACUAGCAAAAAACUUCUAUAAUGCUAUCCCUCUCCAGAGCGACAACAUGCCGCGGUGGCCCGACCCGGAGAUAGUCUGGAGAGGUCAACUUUUCGUAGGGCAGGUCAGAACCCUCAAGAACAUGGAUGACGGACACGAACCGGCAGCAUACGACCAAAUCAUAGAAGACGUGAAGGGUAACCAUACAGUAUGGUUUCUGUGUGCAGAGGCAUUUGCCAAGAUUACAGGCCGUGACAAGGAAUCGCUGCAGCAGCUCUGGCAGGACUUUGGGCCAGGCAGCUCCCCUGCAGGAGCUCGUCUAGAGGACGUUGCCCGCACUUGGGAUGUACUUGGUUUUCAAGGCACCCAUGUAAUUGGCUUGCAAGAGGUGGGGUCAUUGCCGCAAAAAUGCCCUACCCACGAUUCAGUUUUGCACCAUGAGGUUAUGCUGGCAGGACAGUCCUACACGUUCUUCUUUUGCGACCCCUCGCACUCGUGGCGAGGGUCUGCCCUCGGCAUACCUACUAGUUGGCUUGGCCAGGUCGAAAAGACGAAGGCCUUUUGCACAGGGAUAGGGAUCGUAAUACGAGACCAAGGAACCCGAAAGUUUCUGGCAUCAAUUCACAUGCCCCAUUCGCUCCGGAAGGACCACUUGCCCGUUUGGCAACAACAAACAGAAGAAAUCUUGCAUUUUUGCGACAAGCGUCGAUACCACGACACCAUUUGCUUGUGUUGUGACCUUAAUUAUGACGUGCUAGACAUUGUUAAUGUGGACGAGAGAGGAGUGCCUCUUGGUCAGCUUCUACGCACCUUAGGACUCCAACAUACCAGACCGUCAAGUCCCACCUGGCGAAAUACCACAGGGUCUGCUUCGAGGAUCGACUUCAUCUUGUUUGCCAUGCCAUCUCUCGAGUAUAGGGACGAUCGUGUAGUUGUCGGAUCGGACGACGUGCUUGGGUCAGACCACUGUGCUGUUAGUGUAGCCAUGAACUCCCAAAGUAGCACAGGCCGAGCCUCCUUUAAGCCGUCUAAGUGUGGAAAGUGGUGGACAGAUGGUCCCGCACUGCAAACACGAGCCGAAAAGCUUGCAGAGACCUUGGAUCUGCAGAUGAAGGACCUCAGCAUGAAGGAUCUUGAGGACCUCUGCGGGGCUACUUCGAGGCGAAUCACCAGCUGUAGGUACAAGGACUCACCGGCCAUCAAGGACAUGAUCAAGGCUCGCAAGAGCCUCCGAGGCAAAGAAGCUCAACAGAUGGCCAAGUGCAUUGCGGACAAACGCAAAACAGAUAAGCGAGAAUGGCUAACCGGCCUACUGGAACAGAGUGCAGCAGGGGACUUCAGAGCAGCAGCAUACUUCCGCAAAAGACAAUCUACCAUGUUUGUGCAAGGGUCUUACUGCAUGCGCGCAGGAGGAAAAGUCAAGGCAAUCAGUGACCUGCGCUUCUUCUAUCAGAAGAAGUACACCCCCAUGGAACCCUCGCCCUCAGGCUUGCCCAUGGCUAUGUUCCAUCACAGGGCAGGACCCAUUAUGGACCCGACCCCCUUUAGUCUGCAGGAGAUCCAAGACGUUGCCUUCCAGUGCAAGCACAACAAGAGCACGGGAGCGGACGGGGUUUCAUAUGAGGCCCUCCAGAUGUUGUUGCAAUCCGACCUCAGUCACCACAUUCUCGACAUGUUCAACAGUGUGUUGCGGGGGCUUUGCCCCCCCCCUGCUAGCUGGUUGACUAGCCAUGUCUGCUUCCUUCCGAAGACGUCAACUCCCUCGGCACCCAGUGACCUCAGGCCCAUCGUUCUCUCCAGCACCACUGCCAAGGUAUUUACGAAAGCAUUGAUGCUUCGCUUGCGUCCAUGCUUACCUCGGAUGCAGGCUUUUCAGGUUGGUGGCCUGCCUAAAAGGCAGACACUCGAUGCCGCGUGUGCGGUUCAGCACGCGAUCAGGCUUGCGGAGGAGUACGGGAAACCGCUCGUGAUAGUAAAAUUAGAUGUGGCAGCGGCGUUUGACUCGCUGUCUCAUGAAGCUGUCGCUACCCUCCUUGCCACUGCCCAAGGCUCUCGCGAGGCUGAGUUACUCCUUCAGAUUGUUUGCGGUAGUCAAGUGGAACUUGGCCUUCAGGGCACCUCAUGGAUCCAAGCACUACGCCAGGGCAUUUUGCAGGGCAGUAGCUAUAGUGCAGAACUCUUCGCGCGAUGUAUUGACUACUUCCUAACACCGACUAACAGUAAGUGGCAGGACACCGAGGAUUCUUGGCUGAAGGACCCCAGCGGGCGCAAGCUUUUUCUGACUCCUUUUGCUGACGAUCUAGUCUUAUUGGCUACUUCUCGAGCCCAGGCACAACGCCUCUUGGCCGAUAGCGAAGCUACGCUUCAAGCGAUUGGCCUCCGGUUCAACCCCAAAAAGUGCAAGUACCUGCAAACACCUGGCUUCCCAGAAGAACCUCUUCAUCUCUCUGCAGGAGAGGUGCAGUAUGAGUCGACUUUUCUGUUUCUUGGAAUCUUGAUGGGAUUCCAACUCACCUGCCUCAUGAUCCUGCAGGCCCGCAUGACCAAGGUUUCCAAUGCCUUCUGGGCGUACUACAGCAUCCUUCGACGUACCGAGGUUGGACUUACGAAGAGACUCAGAGUCUUCGAUUGCUUCAUUACGGCUCGCUGGAGGUGGCUCAGCCCAGCCAUACGCCCCCUUAGCACCAUCCACAGGUACCUGCGCACAAUCCAUACAUCGUUUCUUACAGCGAUGCUGCGGUUUACACGAGAUCCGUUCCAGGGAGCGGUAGAGAGUUGGGUGGCAAGACGAAGGGCCGCCCGCUUGGCGGCCCAACAAGUCGGCCAUCGCGCAUGGCCAGGCGAGCAUUCCCGCCAAUUUUUCGGCUAUUGGGGCCACGCGGCACGCUAUGGGACUACCGAAUGUAUACCUAUAGCACUGAUGCUGCAAGUGCGGGGUCCCUCAUGGUACUUCGCAAAUUGUGAUUGGCAUAAACGCCUGCCAGGUAAGUGGGCGAACACGUCGAGGUUCUUGCAACUUGCAUGGGAAAAGUUUCUCGCUAGACACCACAAAUCCCCCCCGAACUCUUGGAUAGAUGGAGCAUCUGAUAGAGACGUUUGGAAAGCCUUCUCGCAGGACUGGGCAUGUGUGCAUGACGCCGACCCUUCUGUGUUCUACAAGGGACCUCCUGAACAGGUCGAUCUUUUAGGAUGUCAACUUGUCCAGAAUGAAGACAGGUUCUCCCUGCUCCCUCCCCGACACGUUCCGGUCGAAGAACCCUACGCCACCUCGUUUUUCAGGAUCAAAAGCCCCUUGGACGACCAUCUCCAGGACACUGGGGGACAGGAACAUGUCCUCAGAGUCUACACCGACGGCAGCGCGCAGCAGAACCGACGAGGACAGGCCCAGGCAGGUGGCAGCUCAGUUGUCGUCCUUGCACCGUACGGACUUGUUGAAGAAGCCACGGUUUGCUACUUCAAAGUCCCCCAACCUUGCACUAACAUACAGGCUGAACUGCAUGCAGCUGCGCAGGCUCUCCAGAUGAUCCGUAGGAUUCGUCGACAGUUCCCACAUGUGCCGAUCCAACUUUUUACCGACUCGCAGUACGUCGUACAAGUGCUUGAAGGAUCUUUUCUAGGGACGCAUCAUGCAUCGGUAACAAACAUGAUCAUACACUUGUGGAAGGAGCUGUGCUUGACAGUUGAAGUUCACCACGUCCGGGCUCACAAGGGGGUCAUGCUCAAUGAAGUAGCUGAUCAUUUUGCCAAGCUUGCCUGCACGCUUGGGCACCUCCGAAAGAUCUUCUGCCGCCUCAAUUUCAGUCAGGCGUUUGUGACGGACAGGUCAGACGUGGGAGGCUUCCUGCCGUGGCUCGCAUGA